AUGUCCCGGCCCUUGUCAGACCAGGAGAAAAGGAAGCAAAUUAGCGUGCGUGGCCUGGCUGGCGUGGAGAAUGUGACGGAGCUGAAGAAGAACUUCAACCGGCACCUGCAUUUCACACUUGUGAAAGACCGCAAUGUGGCCACCCCGAGAGAUUACUACUUUGCGCUGGCCCACACCGUCCGCGACCACCUCGUGGGCCGCUGGAUCCGCACGCAGCAGCACUACUACGAGAAGGACCCCAAGAGGAUCUACUACCUGUCUCUGGAGUUCUACAUGGGACGGACACUACAAAACACCAUGGUGAACCUGGCCUUGGAGAAUGCCUGUGACGAAGCCACCUACCAGCUGGGUCUGGACAUGGAGGAGCUGGAGGAGAUCGAGGAGGACGCGGGGCUGGGCAACGGGGGCCUGGGUCGGCUGGCCGCAUGCUUUCUGGACUCCAUGGCAACACUGGGCCUGGCUGCCUACGGCUACGGGAUCCGCUAUGAGUUUGGGAUUUUUAACCAGAAGAUCUGUGGGGGCUGGCAGAUGGAGGAGGCCGACGACUGGCUUCGCUACGGAAACCCCUGGGAGAAGGCCCGACCCGAGUUCACGCUGCCCGUGCACUUCUAUGGCCGAGUGGAGCACACCAGCCAGGGGGCCAAGUGGGUGGACACACAGGUGGUACUGGCCAUGCCUUACGACACUCCUGUGCCUGGCUACCGUAACAAUAUCGUCAACACCAUGCGCCUGUGGUCGGCCAAGGCCCCCAAUGACUUCAACCUCAAGGACUUCAACGUCGGUGGCUACAUCCAGGCUGUGCUGGACCGAAACCUGGCGGAGAACAUCUCUCGCGUCCUGUACCCCAACGACAACUUCUUUGAGGGGAAGGAGCUGCGGUUGAAGCAGGAGUACUUUGUGGUGGCCGCCACCCUCCAGGACAUCAUCCGCCGCUUCAAGUCCUCCAAGUUCGGCUGCCGUGACCCCGUGCGCACGAGCUUCGACGCCUUUCCGGAUAAGGUGGCCAUCCAGCUGAAUGAUACCCAUCCUUCCUUGGCCAUCCCCGAGCUCAUGAGGAUACUGGUGGAUCUGGAGAGGCUGGACUGGGACAAGGCCUGGGACGUGACGGUCAGGACCUGUGCCUACACCAACCACACGGUACUGCCCGAGGCCCUGGAACGCUGGCCCGUGCAUCUGAUUGAGACGCUGCUGCCUCGACAUCUCCAGAUCAUCUACGAGAUCAAUCAGCGCUUCCUUAAUCGGGUGGCAGCCGUCUUCCCGGGGGACGUGGACCGGCUGCGGCGCAUGUCGCUUGUGGAGGAGGGCGCAGUGAAACGCAUCAACAUGGCCCACCUCUGCAUCGCCGGGUCGCACGCCGUCAAUGGCGUGGCCCGCAUCCACUCCGAGAUCCUCAAGAAGACCAUCUUCAAGGACUUCUACGAGCUGGAGCCACAUAAAUUCCAGAAUAAGACCAAUGGCAUCACCCCUCGUCGCUGGCUAGUCCUGUGUAACCCCGGGCUGGCAGAGGUCAUUGCUGAGCGCAUCGGGGAAGACUACAUCUCCGACCUGGACCAGCUGCGCAAGCUGCUCUCGUACGUGGACGAUGAAGCCUUUAUCCGGGAUGUGGCCAAAGUGAAGCAGGAAAACAAGUUAAAGUUCGCCGCGUACCUGGAGGGGGAGUACAAAGUCCAUAUCAACCCCAACUCGCUCUUCGACGUCCAGGUGAAGCGAAUUCAUGAAUAUAAACGCCAGCUCCUCAACUGCCUCCACAUCAUCACCCUGUACAACCGUGAGUGGCAGGGGUACAACGCCCAGGAGUACUAUGACCGAAUUCCGGAGCUUCGGCAUAUCAUUGAGCAGCUGAGCAGUGGUUUCUUCUCCCCCAAACAGCCAGACCUGUUCAAGGACAUUGUCAACAUGCUUAUGCACCAUGACCGGUUUAAAGUCUUUGCAGAUUAUGAAGAUUACAUUAAGUGCCAGGAGAAAGUCAGUGCUUUGUACAAGAAUCCAAGAGAGUGGACACGAAUGGUGAUCCGGAACAUAGCCACAUCAGGCAAGUUCUCCAGUGACCGAACUAUUGCCCAGUACGCCCGGGAGAUCUGGGGCGUCGAUCCUACGCGCAAGCGCCUGCCGGCCCCUGAUGAGACCAUCUGAGCCUCCAGACCAGACCCCAAACUGGCCCCUGAGUUUAUUUGCAAUCCCUUGGGCCAGCCCCAGGUCCCCACCCAGAGGGGGGAUACUGGAGUUCGUUCUCUCAGCCUUUUCCUGGAACCUACCAUUUUCCCCCAGUCUCAAGGUCCCAGUGUCCAGUGUGACUAAGGACACUGCUCCCAUCCUGUCCUCGGGCUCCCUGCCCCCUCCUAUUUAAGGGUCUGACCAACUGCACCCACUCUUCAAUAAAUUGAUUCUCCUUGGG